AUGCCUUCCCCCGUUUGGGAAGACAUCACAGGGAACAGCGGGCAGGCAGACGACGGAGCGGCGGAGCUCCGUGACAGGGAGAGAGGGGAGGGCGGACGGCUCGUGUGCGCUCUGGAGAUGGAGAUGACGAGCCACAGCCAGCGCGCGGACUCCAAAGCGGACUGCGCCAACUGCGAUGGCCUGACCAGGCGAAACUGCGGAGACUCCGCUGAGGUUUCAGUGCCACUGUCACUCCCCGGGAAGCGGGCGACCCAUAUGGAGGGAGACGAUCUUUACAGACUCCGAGACAGAAAACUUCUAAUAGAGGAAAGAAAGCGCAUCUGCGCGUUGGCUUUGGGCACCGCGCUGCUGGGGAUUCUGCUCAUGAUAAUCCACGCUGAAAUAUGCCCCUAUGUUAAUGAAUCGGGCUCACAGAUCUCUUUGAUCAUCAACUGCUCCAUAAGCCUGUCCACUGGGUGUCUCCUGAUCCUCAUUAUAGCUUACCAUUAUAAAGACAUAAGGCUGUUCAUCAUUGAUCACAACCAGGUGGACUGGCGCAUUGCUAUGAGCAGCCAAAGGGUUCUUGUGAUCACGUUGGAGCUGCUGGUUUGUGUCAUCCAUCCGGUAGGAUCAUACUGGGAGGUUAGCCACCAUGUCAACUCCUCCUUUGCUGCCCCACUGUGUGUUUCCAGUCACCACGGAAAGGCCCUGUUGGACAUGGAGCUGCUGCUAUCGAUGCUGAUGUUUCUCCGUCUGUACUUGGUGCACAGAGCCAUCCUGCUGCACAGCAAAGUGCUGCUGAGCGCCUCCUACAGGAGCAUAGGCUCACUCAACAACAUCAACUUCACUUUUCGCUUUGUCCUAAAGGUACUGAUGAACAAACAUCCGGCACGUACGCUGCUGGUAUUCAUCCUCCUCUUCUGGCUCACCGCAUCCUGGAUGCUUACUUUGUGUGAAAGACAGACCCAGGCAACGACAGGCCACAUGGACACUGCCCUGUGGCUCAUAGCCAUCACCUUCCUCACGGUGGGCUAUGGGGAUGUGUCUCCCAACACUAGCUGCGGCAAGGCGGUGUGUCUCUUCACUGGUGUCAUGGGUGUAGCCUGCACUGCCAUGCUAGUGGCCAUCGUAACAGAGAAGCUGGCGCUAAACAAAGGAGAGAAGCACGUGCACUUCUUUAUGCUGGACAUCCAGAUUUCUAAAAGGAUCCGCCAUGCUGCUGCUAAUGUUCUUAGAGAGUGCUGGCUUCUGCAUCGUGCAAACCUGACAAAGGGCAACCGCGGCGAGCACCGGCGACACCAGAGGUGCCUUCUGGAAGCCAUCAGAGUAUUUCGACAUCUUCGCCUCAAACAAAGAAAACUGAGAGAUUACGUCAGUGAGAUGGUGGACCUUCCAAAGAUGCAGAUGAUCAUGUGUGACCUCAGUGCCAAUUGGAAUAACUCGUACCGGGAGCUGGAGCAGCGGAUUCUGUCCAUGGAGCAGAAGCUGGACGAGCUGAGCCGCUGCUUCCAGCAGACGUCUGAGCUGCUGUCUGAGGUCCUGCGCCACCGCAGCCCCGAGAUUAGGUGACAACGUUCAAACAGAAAAGGU